AUGAGCAAAUUCUUGACAAUCUUCUCCAUCUGUUGCAUCAUCAUAGGGGCAGCAUCACUGAUGUGUGUAACAUGCCACCUCCGCAUGCUGUCUGACCACUGCAGAAGAGGCUUUGGUGUCUGUGUUGCUCAGAAGCAUGAGACCUGCAUGACUCUAAAGAUCUACCAAAGUAAUACUCUCCAGCUAUCAUACAUGGGAUGCCAGAGGUUCUGCAACAACUUGUCGUUCAACUUCAACAAUCGGACUUACGUACAUAAGUGCUGCAGCUACGACCACUGUAACUUUAUAGCUUAA